AUAGCCCGGAGGCCUCCUCGCUGGGAUUCCUGCCGCAGCCCAGCUGUCAGCCCCGGGGCUCAGGACGCGCAGGACGGCCGCCAGGCACUGGAGCGGGCCUCGCCGCCCACAUUCCUGCGCAGCCAUGUCGGUGCUGGAAGACGGCCGGCCAUUCGCUCAGCAGCUGUCCAAUGUCUACUUCACCAUCCUCUCCCUGUUCUGCUUCAAGCUUUUUGUGAAAAUCAGCCUGGCCAUCCUCAGCCACUUCUACAUCGUCAAAGGCAACCGCAAGGAGGCGGCGCGCAUCGCGGCCGAGUUCUACGGCGCGGCCCCGGGACAAGGUUCCUGGGCAGACCGCUCCCCCCUACACGAAGCGGCGAGUCAAGGCCGCCUCCUGGCUCUGCAGACACUCCUGUCACAGGGUUAUAACGUAAACGCGGUCACCAUAGACCAUGUCACGCCAUUGCACGAAGCCUGCCUCGGCGAUCACGUGGCCUGUGCCCGGACUCUUCUGGAAGCUGGAGCCAAUGUCAAUGCAAUCACAAUAGAUGGCGUGACGCCGUUAUUCAACGCCUGCUCCCAGGGCAGCCCGUGCUGUGCGGAACUUCUGCUGGAGUAUGGAGCCAAGCCACAGCUGGAGUCCUGCCUGCCUUCCCCCACACACGAGGCCGCCAGCAAAGGUCACCAUGAAUGUCUACAGAUCCUGAUAUCCUGGGGCAUAGAUGUUGACCAAGACAUUCCUCACUUGGGAACUCCGCUGUAUGUAGCUUGUAUGUCACAGCAAUUCCACUGCAUCCGGAAGCUUCUUUACGCUGGCGCUGACGUGCAGAAAGGCAAAUACUGGGACACGCCGCUCCACGCUGCUGCCCAGCAGUCCAACACGGAGAUUGUCCACCUGCUGCUGGAAUUUGGGGCGGAUAUCAACGCCAAGAACACAGAGCUGCUGCGGCCGGUGGACGUGGCCUCCUCCAGCAGCCUGGUGGAGAGAAUGCUGCUUCAGCACGAAGCCACGCCCAGCUCCCUCUGCCAGCUGUGCCGCCUCUGCAUCAGACGCCGCAUCGGACGGCCGCGUUUGCACCUCAUCCCGCAGCUCCAGCUGCCCACGCUGCUGCAGAACUUCCUCCAGUACCGAUAGACAGUAAAAUCCGUCUCCGUGCUCAGACAAUGCGAAGCUCCACGUCAUCCGCACAGUGCAUAUUUCAUAUUAAAAUGUGCUAACAAUGGGGUAGAAGCAGGUAGGGCAACACCCAGGGAAGCAGGGAAGAAUGGAUUUUACCUGUAAGUGUACGAGUGGGUACUGUUGUUGUAGGUAGGCAUUGCUAUUGUUUUUGGACACAGUAUAUUUUGAAUAUCUAUAUAUUAUUAUUCCCAGGGACCCUUUUGUUGGUUUAGGAAAAGAAAAGAGUUCUCCAUUUUAUGUUUUUUAGAGUGAAAAGGAAAUCUGUGAACUCUAAGCAAAAUUAUUCUUUAUAUGGCGUAUUUUAAAAGGUCUAUAGUCUUCAAGUAAUGCAUUCACCUUUCUAUUUUGGUCUGCAAUGAUGCUCUGUAUUUUUUUAUAUUCAGACAAACUAUGAGUGUGGCUUAGAAAACAGCAGGGAGCCCAGCUGGUGUCACUCAGUGGUUUAGCAUCGACCCAGGAACCAAGUAGUUGCUGGUUCGAUUCCCAGUCAGGGCUCAUGCCUGGGUUUCAGGCUUGAUCGCCAGCAGGGGUGUGCAGGG